AAAAUAUAUAAAUAUUCUGUUAAUUCAAUGAUAUUAGUCAAAGAAUAUAGACGCUUAAUAUAAUAUUUAUGUUUCAAUUCUUUAGGAUUAAUAUUUAAGUAAAUGGCUAAAAACUGAUAAAGUAUGGAUCAAAUUAAACAGACAAAUAAUAAAACUGAAACUGAAUUAGAGAACACACUUAUUAAUACAGAUAAAGAUGCAGAAAAUUCUUCCCAAGAAACAGCUGUUGAACAUCAAUAUUUCUCACCAGAACUUAAUACAUCGAAAUGUGAUGAAACAGAUCCAAAUAGAAUAAAUAGUCCAACUGAUACUUUAGAUAUCAGACCAGAUCCAAAUGAAAUAAAUAGUCCAGCUGAUACUUCAGAAACAGCUAUUGAAAAUCAAGAUUUCUCACCAGAACUUAAUACAUUGAAAUGCGAUGAAACAGAUCCAAAUAUAAUAAAUAGUCCAACUGAUACUUUAGAUAUCAGACCAGAUCCAAAUGAAAUAAAUACUACAGCUGAUACUUCAGGUAUGGAUAUAUCAAAGAGCAAGGAUGAAUUGUUGAGCACAACAUCAGAUGUCCCCACGACAAACCAGUUAGAUGUAGUGAAAAAAGUAGAGCCUGCUGUGACAGUACAUAUGAGAUCAUCAUUACAGCGUAUUUUACAGUAUAAUAGUGAUGAUUCCGAGGAUGAAGACAUUCAAACACCUUUAAAACCAGCUCUGGCAUCCAGUUCAUCAUCUAGUGAUAGUCAGUCAGAUACACAGGAGGUUGACAAUGGAGAAGAGGAUGAAGAUCUUGAUGAGUUUGUACUCCCCAAUGACAAACAGAAAACAAAAGUAAUGUCAAAUCCAGAUUGUGAACUUUUAGAUCCAUCACUGUUAAUAAAUCUAACAAAUCUAAAAAUUGAUUAUGAAAAAGAAGAAUUUACACAUAUAGGAAACAUCGCCAAUUUUAUUGAUACCACAGUAACAGUCGAAGCUUUAGAGAAGACAGAAUCAUACGACAUGGAUACAGUUCUGUUUAUUGAAGAUGAAAAUUCCAAGAAACCAUUUGGCGGUAUUACCGAUGUUAUAGGCCCCGUGUCACAGCCAGUAUAUUGUGUACAAUUACCUAGCACUAAAGAAAUCGAAAACCUUGGACUUAAACAAGGAAUGAAGGUUUAUAGUGCUCCGAAAAGUGAAUAUGCCAAAUACGUAUUUCUAAAGGACUUAUUAAAAAUGAAAGGUACGGACGCUUCUUGGAUUGGAGAUCAGGAGCAACCCAGUGAUGAAGAUAACACUUCUGAAGAAGAAGAUGAUGAAAUGCGAACAUCAAACAAACGUCCACUUAAUAGAGGACAACAUCAGAGACCAUUCAACAAUAGAAAUCGUUUUAGAGGAAAUAUGGGAAAUAGAAAUAAUGUGAUAAAUAGGUCAAAUAUACCAACUGCCCCGAAUGGUCAUAUGUUGCCCCAUGGGUUCGAUCCAACAGUACCGCCUCCAUUUGUGUCGAAUACAGGAUUCGGGUUUCAGAAUCACGGUUCUUCGAUACCGACCUGGCCGUAUCAACAGCGUGGAUUUCAUACGUAUUUCCAAAGUCCACGGAGGUUUCAACGUAUUCGAGGAAACCAUAGGAACUAUAACAAAAAUUUGCCUCCCAAUUCGUGACCAAACAAUAUUUGAUAUAGUCUUAGUCAAUAAAAUUAAAAUGUUUCUAUGUAUAAAUAAAUGUUUGUAUAUUACAAAUCUUAA